AUGUACACACACGCACGACCAACUUCCCCUUCCCCCAACUUUUUCAUUUACAGUCAAGAACACCCCACCGGAGGUAGAGCUGUUUUCCGACCACCAAGAAACACCACUACCACCAUCCAUCUUUCCACCUCUUUGAAUCACAUUCUUAACCCCAAAUUGAAACUCGGAAGAAUUGUGGGUCGUAGGUGGCGGACUGCAGCAACGGUGGCGGACUACAAUGACGAUGGAAGGGCAGUGACGUCGAUAGGUGGUUAUGGUUGGUGGCUGUGGGCGGCCUUUCCUUGCUGCUUCAUUUCUAUUGGCGGAUGCUCGAUGAGGGACCAAGACGAAGCAGCAUCGAUGAUGGUGUUUGGUGGUGGUGGGUUACGAAAAGAUGGAGGCGUUUGGUGGGGGUGGGUGGUGAGGUGGGUUUUGCUAACAACCACAGCGGUGCUGGGUGGUGAAGUGGGUUUUGCUAACGGUGGGUGGUGA